AUAUCUGGUAUGCCUAAAGGACGACCACCCAACCUCCGCCUCCAGACUGCGUCCGCGAAGCAUCCCUCUCAAUCCAAUACCAUCAUCGAACUUGAGACCCCCAUCGACCCUCCUAAUGACGACGACCUACUACCACUCUCCUCGCCCUCAUCGACGUCCUCAGACUCUCCCCCAGAGUCUCCCAUUGACUCUCAGUCUACUUUGGAGACCGACUCAGAUCCCAACUCGGACGAUAUCUCUCGAGACUUGGCUGCUCUCGAGAAACUUCGCAGAAGCGUCCACCGCAAUCUGAAACUGCGUCCUAUACGCUCAUCUACGUCCAGCUUGCGUGCCCAGGCUGCCUCUCCAUACAACGGCUCCCCAGUCAGCAUACGAGACAACCGCUCACCCAGUCCCGCUUCCAGUCUCAGUCCAGCCAGCGUGUACUACACCCCCACAUCUGCGCUGUACAGCGAGCCUGACGAUUGGCGUUCCUCCUCUUCCUCUUCCUCAAUCGCUGGCGGUAUUGAACCCGCUCUCCUCAUCUCAAGGCUGAACGCCCCGACGCGCCCCAUACUAAUAGAUACCCGUCCGACUCAUGCAUUCCUCGCCGACCAUCUCGAGCACAGCGUCAAUAUCCACACUAUCCCGAGCCUAAUCCUGAAGCGGUCCAAACGGCCAAACGGUGGGUUGCAGGAUAUCACAGCCCUCCGCCAGUGGAUAACUACAGACGAGGGCAAGCACUGCUGGGACGAUAUGAUGAACAGUGGGGACUGGGAUGGAGACGUGAUCGUCUACGACGAGACGAUGGACGAGCAAGAUAGGCUCAAUCCACAAGCAACCGCCUGGAUACUGCUAAACCUCGUAGAGCCUCUUCUGGAGCACGGUACAAUCGACUACCUCCAUGGCGGGUUCUCUGCGGCGCGACAUCACCCCUACCUGCGGCAACAUAUCCUGUCCAAUCACGCCCGGUCCGACACGUUCCCGUCGAUGAAAGCCCAAAAAGCUAAUGGAAAGCUCGGCGGCGGGCUGUUCCAACUGGAUAUCUCUGUCGCAACACGGCCUCGAGACCUUCCUGAACUCGAGUUUUCCGCCGUCUCCCCAAAACCCAUGAUGCCGUCCGCCAUCGGUACUCCCUGGCACGACUCGUCAGAUCGCGUCGCCCCCUCCCCUGCGCCUUCACAGCUGAGCUUCUCACGCCCACCACCACCACGCCGACCUAGUAUUCCCGCGCUCCGCAAGCUGGAUACUACAUCUACAGAGCGUCUCAACGCCGGCCUCCCCAGGUUACAGAUGCCUCAGAAAGCAGCCACGCUCGCAGCCCCUCCCUCAGGUCUCCGAUCGCGCUCGCGCUCGCGAUCACCCUCGCACCUACGUCUCAACCUACCACCGCCGUCUCCACCAGGAUCUGCGCGCCUCCUCUCAGCGAGCUCCUCGUGGGGACCAGACUAUCUUCCGCCACCAUCACCAUCUUGGGCGCAACCUAGUACACCUAGGACGCCUCACACGCCACAUACGCCCGUCUCCCGCUCACCCUCUACCGCCCGUCCAGACUCGUCACAGCCACCCACCACAGAGGAGCCGUUCCCCAUGUUCACCGUUUCGACUAUUCUCCCCAAUUUCCUAUUCCUCGGGCCAGAACUCACCAAGGAGGAGCAUGUCGACGAAUUACAGUCCCUCGGCGUCAAGCGCAUCCUCAACCUUGCUAUCGAGUGUGAUGAUGACCAGGGGCUGAAUCUGCGCGAGCGCUUCGACCGGUAUAUCCGCAUACCUAUGCGCGACACCGUCGAAGAAGACAACAUCACGCGCGGCGUUCGCGAAGUCUGCGAGAUCCUAGACGAUGCGCGUCUACACUCAUCGCCCACAUACGUACACUGCAAGGCCGGCAAGUCGCGCUCGGUGACCGCCGUCAUGGCAUACCUCAUCCACGCGAACCACUGGACGCUGUCGCGUGCAUACUCCUUCGUGCUCGAGCGCCGGAAAGGCAUCUCGCCGAACAUCGGCUUCGUCUCGGAGCUCAUGACCUUCGAGGAGCAGGAGCUCGGCGGCAAGUCUGUCGGCGUCGUCAAGAUGUCCUCCUCUGCAGGCGCCGAGCCAAGCAACGGGGACCCAGACGGCCCCCAUAAUCCCGGGGCCGGUGGCGGUGGUGGAGGAAACGGCGGGACCAACUACGGCGUUGCGCUCGGUGGACGACGUCCGCAGCAUAUCCGCGAGAGUCUCCCGCCACUCUUCUCCAUCCCGGCCUCGUUCGCGGAAAUGUCGGGCCCGCCAGUCAUGGACGCGGCGCAGAUCGGCGACUCGGGGCAGGAGGUGGAGAUCAAGGACGCGACGGGGCGCUACCGCCACGCGCGGCGCGCGCCCGUGGACGAGGCCACGCUCCAACCGAUGCGCCGCGUGAGCAAGGCAGGCCUCGAGAGCGCGGCGUACGUAUGAUUACGCGGGGGCGGACACGCCCCGCCCCGCGAUGGGUUCGCUAUCCACGGCUCGUCGUGCCCGCCCAUCUACGAUCUCCCGUGUUUCCCGCUGUUGUCAUUCCCUAGGGUACGCACUCGCUCUUUUACUAUAGUUUACUCUCCAAGCCGUCGCAUCUCCCGGGAUUUGUUCAUGGUAUUAUUAACACAUUCAUUUCGCGUCUCUGCCUCGGUGCAUCUCCUAUCAUAUCCGAUCGGUCCACGCUCACUGUCAUGCUUGCACACUGGAACUCGUGUCUCUCUUUCCCAUCUUGUCUGCGCUGCGCCUCUGUGUACAUACAUACCUACGUGCUCUCUGAGGCCAAUCAUAUCUGGGGUCCUAUCCGAAG